AUGAUAGAAGAUUACCUGUUUGUGUCAGACUCGAGGACCAGGUCAGUGUUCCGGAUGCGGAAGAGGGACGGGGGUGAAAUUACCCCUAUCCGAAAGGGAAUCUCCGGAAUCCUGAGUGUCAAGGCUUACACAGCUGACCUUCAUGGCAUGUUCAACAGCCGGUGCAACAUGGUGCCAAAUGGCCGCUGCAGCCACUUCUGCUUCCCCGCGCCCUCCUCUAGCCGCGUGUGUGGCUGCCCCUACGGCAUGAAGCUCCAGGAGAACCAGAGGGACUGUGUGAAGGACGACUCAGAACCCCCUAUAGACACCAGCUGCGGAGACUACUCCUUCCCCUGCGACGGGGGCCGCUGCAUGCCCGACUCGUACCGCUGCGACGGGGUUAAAGACUGCAUGGACCAGACGGAUGAGGCCAACUGCACUGACACAGGCAUGACCUGCUCCCCGUGGGCGUUCACCUGCGAGAACAAGCACUGCAUCCUGUCCGGCUGGCGCUGUGACGGCCACGAAGACUGUGGCGAUGGCUCAGACGAGGUUGACUGCCCCACACGUCUGCCGUUCACCUGCAGUUCAGAACAGUUCGCCUGCACUGACGGCAGCAGAUGCAUCCCCAAAGCCUGGACGUGUGAUGCCGACAAGGACUGCAGCGAUGGCUCGGAUGAGAGAAACUGCAACGGGACCAUCGCUACGUGUGAGCCUGGGUACUUCUUCUGUCCCGACCACCGCUGCAUCUACAGCUCCUACGUGUGUGACGGAGACCAGGACUGUAUGGAUGGCUCCGAUGAGAAGGACUGUGAGUUCUCCUGUUCAUCCUAUGAGUUUGCCUGUGCCAGUGGUGACCAUUGUGUCAGUAGCAUCUACCACUGCGACGGGGUCUUUGACUGUAGGGACCAAUCGGAUGAGAGCGGCUGCCCCACGCGAGGACCUGGCCUCUGCCACAAUGAUGAGUUCCAGUGCCAGACGGACGGCCUGUGCGUGCCCGACGAGUGGGAGUGUGACGGGCAUCACGACUGCGAGGACGGCUCGGACGAACACAACUCGUGCCCGCCUGUAACAUGCCACAUCAACUAUUUCCAGUGCGCCAACGGCAACUGCAUCUCUCCGAGCUGGGUGUGCGACGGCGACAACGACUGCAGGGACAUGAGCGAUGAGCAGAACUGCCCCACGCCUCCUUUCAUGUGCCCCUCGGGCCAUUGGCUGUGCCCCACCGACCAGGUGUGCAUCGUCCUGGGGAAGGUGUGCGACGGACAGCGGGACUGUCCCAAUGGAGCUGAUGAGUCACCCCUCUGCAACCAGGAGGACUGCGCAUUGAACAACGGGGGCUGCAGUGACGGCUGUAUCCAGGGUCCUUUCGGAGCAGAGUGUACCUGUCAACCAGGCUACCAGCUCCUCAACGACUCCAAGACCUGCGACGACAUCGACGAGUGUUCUAUCCCAGGCUGGUGUAGCCAGCAGUGCUACAACGAGAGAGGCUCCUUCCGCUGCUCCUGCUCAGACGGCUACCUGCUAGAGGCCGAUAGUCGCUCCUGCAAAGCCACCGACACCACAGCAGCCACGCUCCUAGUUGCCAAGCGCAGUCAGAUCAUCUCCAACAAAGUCAACCUCCAACCGCCCCUCAUCCACCCUGUGGUCAGCGGUUCCGACAUCGUGACCGUUGACUUUGACCGCUUGACCAGCAGAAUCUACUGGGCCGACGCCUCGCUGAAGAAGAUCUUUACCUCCUUUCAGAAUGGCACGGACAGACGCGAGGUGUUCUCCACUGGUCUAAUGGUACCGGAGAGCAUAGCUGUGGACUGGGUGGCGAGGAACCUUUACUGGACCGACUCGGUGAUGGAGAACAUCGAGGUGUCCACUCUGGACGGCCGCUUCAGGAAGGUUCUCCUCACCAAGAACGUCACCAGCCCCCGUGGACUGGCUCUGGACCCCCGAAACCACACCAACGUAAUGUUCUGGUCAGACUGGGGUCAGAACCCGAGGAUAGAGACGGCCUACAUGGACGGCACCGGGAGACAGGCCAUUGUCACCACCAAGCUCUACUGGCCCAACGGUCUGGCCCUGGACUACACCACGCGCCGGGUCUACUUUGCUGACGCCUACCUCAAGUACAUCGACUACUGCGAUUACAACGGCAACAACCGCUUCCAGGUCAUGGCCAGUGAUAUGGUUCUUCAACACCCCCACGGUAUGACCAUCUUCGAGGACCACAUCUACUGGUCGGAGCGCUAUACUUACCAGGUCCUGAGGACCAACAAGUUCCACGGGGGAAACACGACCACCGUGAUCACCAACGUCUACCAGCCCAUGGGCAUUGUCAUGGACCACCCCAUCAAACAACCAGCAGCAAUCAACCCAUGCGCAGAGCACCUGUGCAGUCAGCUUUGCCUACUGUCUGGCUUUAGGCCCAGGUACUACACCUGCCACUGCCAGUCUGGCUGGAACCUCAACAGUGAUGGGCGCACCUGCAUCAAAGAUGACACUCCGUUCCUGAUGGUGGUGAGGGAGACUGUGAUCUUCGGCAUCCCUGUGGACCCGGCCGACCCCUCCAACAACGCCAUGGCACCCGUCUCUGGCAUCACUCAGGGGCGGGACAUUGACUUUGACGACCAGGAGCAGUUUGUCUAUUGGGUGCAGGGCUCGAGCUCCAUUUACAGGGUGAAAACUGAUGGAACCAAUAGGACUCUGUUUGCUCCAUCUGCAAUCAUUGGCUCGCCCUCUGGUCUGGCUUUUGAUUGGAUAACUCGCAUGAUGUACUACACUAAUCCAACUAAUAAAGCAAUAGAGGUCAUUCGUGUGGAUGGAGUUCAACUCUACAGGAAGACCAUCAUCACAAACACAGGGAAGCCAGAGGGAGCAGGGGAGCCUAUUGGAAUAGCCCUGGACCCAGCCAGAGGUCAAUUGUUCUGGACAGACCGGGGGACAGACAGUGGCGUACCUCCUAAGGUUGCCAGUGCUGACAUGGAUGGAGGCAACCUGAGGAACCUCUAUACCGUCAACCAGGGGAUCAUUGGGUUCAUCACCGCAGACAUCGCUAUGAGCAAGCUGUACUGGGGCGUAGCCGGCACCGGAGUGAUUGAGUGUGGUACGAUGGACGGGGUCAGCAGGGUGACCAUAGUGAGCCAGCUGUCCCACCCCUGGGGCCUCACAGUGCACCAGGAUUACCUCUACUACACCGACCUGGACUACGAGGUCAUCGAGAGGGUGGACAAGGGCACCGGGGCCAACAUGGUCGUGCUGAGGAGUGGGAUGACAGGAGUCCGAGCCCUCAAAGUCCACGCCCGAGACAACUCGGCCGGCACCACCAACGGCUGCAGCACCAACAAUGGGGCCUGUCCCCACCUGUGUUUGCCCAAGCCUGGGGGCCAGAAGACAUGUGUCUGCACCACGGGCUUAGUGCCUUCCCAGGAUGGCACCACCUGCGUGCAGUACGACUCCUACGCAGUGGUCUCCACCCCCAGACUUAUCCGAGGCUUCCACAUCAACAGCUCCGACCACUCGGAGGCCAUGGUGCCUGUUGCUGGAUACUCUUACUCUGUGAUGGACAAGCUGGAUCUCCACGUCGCCUCUAGGUACAUCUACUGGAUCGACAACAGCACUUCCGGCUCAUACAGAGGGAUCUUCAGGGCCCAGACAGACGGUGGAAGCUUCACUCCUGUCGUCAACCAAGGCAUCGGCCGAGGUGGCAUACAAGGGAUGGCUGUGGACUGGAUCUCAGGCAACCUCUACUUCACCAACGCUAUUGAGGCCCUGACCUACUUGGAGGUGACCCGCCUCGAAACCCCCUACCGCACGGUCCUCCUCAAGUCCACUGAGGACCGGCCCAGUGACCUUGCCGUCAGCCCCAAGCUCCGUUUUCUCUUCUGGGCCGACGGAGGCCAGAACCCCAAAAUUGAACGUGCCCAGCUAGAUGGUGCCAACCGCACCGUGUUAGCCUCCGAGAGCCUUGCAUCGCCACGCGGCCUCACUGUCGACUACACCAACGAUUUCCUGUACUGGACAGACGACGUGCUGGAUAUGAUUUCGCGCAUGGCGGCCGAUGGGACACAGAGGGAGAUUGUCCGUUAUGGGAGUCGAUACCCGGCUCCCUACGGAUUGUCGAUAUUUGGGAAUUCUAUGUUGUGGGUGGAUAGAAAGCUUGGGAAGCUUUUCCAGGCCAGCAAGGAUCCAGCGAAUACGACUCAGCCAGAGGUGAUCCGCGACGGCAUUGACGGGCUCACGGACGUGGUGGUCUUCAACUCCCACGUGCAGCCCACCGCUGCCAACCUGGUGGGCUUCAACCCGUGCCAGGAGGACAAUGGGCGCUGCCAGCAGCUCUGCUUCGCCCUGCCCGGGCAGGAGAAACCCACUUGCGCCUGCGCCCACGGUUCGCUCCUCAACAAUGGAGUGUCGUGUGGCUACGGUCUGGACGAAUUCCUGGUAUUCACCACAGACUACACCAUGAAUAGUUUACGUUUAGACCCCUCCGAUCACACUAGCCCCUACCCUACUAUCAACCUGGGCUAUAAUGUGGUGGCGCUGGAUUUUGACUUUGCAGACAAGAGGAUAUUUUUUACUCAGUACCUGGGGAUAGGCCGAAGCAGGAUAGGCUAUGUCAUCACCACGGUUACCGGUGCACCUGUCAUCAUAGCCGACAAUUUAAAUUAUCCACAGGGGCUGGCCUAUGACUGGGUUCACAAGCGCCUUUACUUCACCGACUACUACAACAGAAGUGUCCAGGCCAUGGGGGUGGACGGGCAGAACCGUUCCUUGAUAGCCCAUGCCAACCGCCCUCUUGGCAUCAUUGUGGAUCCCUGCUAUGGAUACCUAUACUGGACUGACUGGGGGAGCCCUGCUAAGAUAGAGAGAGCUACUCUGGGUGGAAACUUCCGGGUGCCCAUCAUCAGCACCAGUCUGUCCCAGCCCAACGGACUUUCCAUAGACUACGAGGAAAGGAUGCUCUACUGGGCCGACGCUUCCCUAGAUAAGAUUGAGCGUUCCACCCUGACCGGGGAGAGGCGCCAGGUGAUCAUGAUGGGCGUCCAGUACCCCUACGCUAUGACCGUGUUCCAGCAGGACAUAUACUGGACUGACUGGACCACGCGAGCGGUCUACCGUGCCGGGAAGGACGACGGGUCAGGUUUCACGGUCCUGGUCCAGGAACUACAGUACAGGCCCAACGACAUCCACGUGUACGCCGGCUCCAAGCAGCAGGCUUGCUCAAGCCCCUGUCAGCAGUUUAACGGAGGGUGUAGUCACGUCUGCGUGCCAGGUCCCUCUGGUCCAGAGUGUCAGUGUCCGGUAUCGGGUAACUGGUAUUUGGCCAACAAUGGCAGGGACUGUAUCCAUGACAAUGGUAACCGUUGCCAGCCCGAGCAGUUCACCUGUCUGAAUGGUGGCUGUAUCUCAGUGCGUUUGAAGUGUGACGGCUACAGUGACUGCCAGGACAACUCAGACGAGCUGGAGAGAGUGUGCGCCUUCCACGAGUGCUCGGUCCAGGACUUCACUUGUGACAACGGCCGCUGUGUGGCCCUGUCCUACGUUUGUGACUACGCGAAUGACUGCGGCGACAACAGUGACGAGCUGGGCUGCGCGUUCCCCACCUGUGCCUCCGCCACCGAGUUCACUUGCACCAAUGGACGCUGCAUCUCCGCCGCCUUCGUCUGCGACGGCUACAGUGACUGCCGCGACAACGACACCUCAGACGAGAUCAACUGUCCGCCCAGAACGUGUCCCUCCGGACAAACCAAGUGUGACAGCACCAACAUCUGUAUCUACGCGAGCCAACUGUGCGACGGUUACAACAAUUGUGGGGACAACAGUGACGAGAACCCUUUGUUCUGUGUGGGCCGGACGUGCUCACCCGACCAGUUCCGUUGUGACGAGGGGAAGUGUAUCCCCAGCCACUGGGUGUGUGACUGGAUCAGAGACUGUGUCGACGGGACCGACGAGCCCCCCUCCUGCCAGGACCAAAUAAACACCUGUCACCCUGACCAGUUCACGUGCACCAACGGGAACUGUAUCCCCAUGUCACUGACGUGUGACGGCAACAACGACUGCUGGGACAAUAGUGACGAGGCACUGGAACUCCAAUGUGGAGAGCGGACAUGCGCUUCUCAUCAGUUCACCUGCCCCCCUCCAUUGCGUCCUGGCCACCCGCGCUGUGUCCCUCUGAGCUAUGUGUGUGAUGGGGAGAAGGACUGUGCCGACGCAGCUGAUGAGCUUCAAAACUGUCUCAACCGCACCUGCCACAUGAAUGAGUUUGCCUGCGCCAAUGGCCUGUGUAUCCUCGUCCCCUUCCACUGUGACCGAGUCAAUGACUGCGGGGACGGCAGCGACGAGUUGGACUGUUCCUACGACACCUGCACCAGCUACCAGUUCACCUGCCAAAACGGCGCCUGCAUCCCAGCCACCUUUGCCUGCGAUGGCGAGGCCGACUGUCUGGACGGUUCUGACGAGGCAGAAGGCAUGUGCAGCACCCCCCAGCCUACCUGUGCCCCGGGAGAGUACUUGUGCAAGUCGGGCGAGUGUAUUGACACCCACAAGGUCUGCAACUCGCAGAAGGACUGCUCGGAUAACAGUGAUGAGAAGGGAUGCGGAAUUAACGAAUGCCAAGAUCCGUCGGUCCACAAGUGUGCCCAGGUCUGCACCGACACCCUGACAGGUUACUACUGCUCGUGUGAUGCCGGCUACCACCUCAUGCCUGAUGGUAAGGCGUGCGCAGACCUGGACGAGUGCCGCGACACGCCCGCCGUCUGUAGCCAGAUCUGCGAGAACUCCGCCGGCUCCUUCCACUGCAAAUGCGCCCCGGGCUACGUGCGUGAGCCAGACGGGAGUACGUGCCGCCAGAACAGCGCCAUCGCCCCUUAUCUUCUGUACAGUAAUCGCUAUUACAUUCGUAAUUUGACGACUGACGGUUCGCAGCUGAGCGUGAUUCUGCAAGGACUGUCGAAUGUGGUGGCGCUGGAUUUUGACCAUUACGAAAAGAGGCUGUACUGGUUGGAUGCGGGAAUGGUGCGGAUUGAGAGGAUGCGAUUCGACGGCAGUGAGAGGGAGACGAUAGUGGAUAACAACGUGGUAGGGGCUGAGGGAAUGGCAGUGGAUUGGGUUGGCAGGAAGCUCUACUGGGUAGACGGUUACUACGGCUCUCUCCACGUGUCAGAGCUGGAUGGUCGUUUCCAGAAGAAGUUGCUGAGUGGCUGCGUGGGACCUAACGCCACCUACUGCUUUGUCCGGCCCCGUGCCGUAGCCGUCAACCCCAAAUAUGGCUGGCUGUAUUGGACAGACUGGGGGGACACUGCCUACAUUGGCAGGGUUGGUAUGGAUGGUACCAACGCCACUGCCCUCAUCACCACCAAGCUGGAGUGGCCCAGUGCCCUGACCAUUGACUACACCACCAACAAGAUCUUCUUCGCCGACUCCCACCUCAAUUUCCUAGAUUUUGCUGAUAUGGACGGGGAGAACCGCCACCGGGCCAUAGCAGGCUCUCUGCCUCACCCCUUUGCCGUCACCCUGUUUGAAGACUGGGUCUACUGGACUGACUGGAACACCCACACCGUUGAGAAGGCCCACAAGUACACUGGCACCGGCCGCGUUGUCAUGGGAAACAACACACACCGGCCAAAUGACAUCCAUGUAUACCAUCCCUACAGGCAGCCUCGCAGCGAUAACCCUUGUGCAACACACCACCUAACCUGUAGCCACCUGUGUCUGAUUGGUCCUGGCGGGACCAGCGCUACGUGUGAGUGUCCAGACCACUUCAUUGGCCUCUCCGUGGGCUUCAAGAUCCAGUGUGUGGCCGACUGUUCCAGCACCCAGUUCCGCUGCGGAGACAACGAGAAGUGUGUCUCCAUCUGGUGGAAGUGUGAUGGUCAGUCCGACUGUGGUGACGGGUCCGACGAACCCCUCACCUGCCCGCCCCGCUACUGUCCAAUUGGUCAGUUCCAGUGCCAGGAUGGGAACUGCACUUAUCCUGGCUUCCUGUGUGACGGACACGCUGACUGCCGUGACAAUUCAGAUGAGGACGCUGCCCUCUGCAGUGACCACAGGUGUGCAGAAAAUCAGUUCCAGUGUAAGAACAAGCAGUGCAUCCCUGUGUCACUGCACUGUGACGGCAUCAUCGACUGUUCUGAUGGGAGUGACGAGGAUCCUGAUGGCUGUGCCCAGAAGACAUGCCGACCGGGCCAGUUCACGUGCGCAAACGGAGUGUGUAUCCCGCCCAACUAUGUGUGUGACACUCAGAACGACUGCGGAGAUAGAUCCGAUGAGCACUACGAGAUCUGCAUGGGGCCAGAAUAUAACUGCGACGAGCUCACAGAGUUCUCCUGUAAGACCAACUACCGCUGUAUCCCCACCUGGGCCGUGUGCGAUGGCUCCAAUGACUGCAUCGACAACACUGACGAGCAGAACUGUGAGGCGUUGACCUGUGACCCCCUGGGAGACUUUCGUUGUGACAACCACCGCUGUGUGCCCAUCCGCUGGAGGUGUGACGGCAGCAACGACUGUGGUGACGGCUCUGAUGAGAGGGACUGCGUGCCAAGGCCGUGCUCGGAGAGCGAGUAUCGCUGUGACAACCAGCAGUGCAUACCUGGAAACUGGGUGUGUGACCAUGACAACGACUGUGGGGACAACUCAGACGAGCGCGACUGUGAGUUGAAGACAUGUCGUCCAGGGUAUUUCCAGUGUCUGUCGGGUCAUUGUAUCCCCGCCGCUCUUCAAUGUGACGGACGACCAGACUGCUUGGACAUCUCUGACGAGAGCUCCUGUCCGACCCGUUACCCAGGUGGCCGCUGGUGUCCCAACCACCAGUUCCAGUGUGCGAACAAGCUGUGUGUGUAUGAGAACUGGGUGUGUGACGGCAAUGACGACUGUGGAGACCACUCCGACGAGGAGCUCAUCUUAUGUUUGAACAUCACCUGUGAGAUGCCAUCUAGGUUCCGCUGCGCUAACGGCUACUGCAUCUACUCUGGGAAUCUGUGUAACCAGAAGGACGACUGUGGGGACGGAAGUGAUGAGAAGGAGGACCUCUGCCGUGAGCCCACCCUGGCUCCUUGCACGCUCCAGGAGUUCAAAUGUACCAAUGGACAGUGUGUUGCCCUGCCCUAUGUGUGUGACCACAAUGACAACUGUGGGGACCUCACUGACGAGAUAGGCUGCAAUUUUGGCCAUGACCGGACCUGUGAGGAGAAACUGUGUCAGCACGAGUGUACCCACCUGAACAGGACCGGCUUCAUCUGCUCCUGUAGACCUGGAUACAGAGUGGACCCGGACAGCACCUUCAACUGCAUAGAUAUCAACGAGUGUGAGGUACAUGGGACUUGCCCGCAGGUCUGCAAGAACACCAAGGGCGGGUACGACUGUGAGUGUGCCCCCGGGUACCGCAAAGUGGGCAAUGGCAACCAGUGUGAAGCUGAGGGUGCCGGGCCACUCCUGUUGCUCCCAGAGAAUAUCCGUAUCCGGAAGUUCAACUUGCAGAUGGAGGCCUACCAUGACUUCCUCGAGGAGCAGGAGCACAUCAUGGCUCUGGACUAUGACUGGGACCACAACAACACUGGACUCAGUAUGGUGUAUUUCACGGUGGAGGGGAAGGACAAUGCGGCAGGCGCCAUCAAGAGGGCAUAUAUACCCACAGUGGAUGACAAUAGCAACAAUAUUGCCGCCGCUGUCGACCUGGGCAUCAAAUACAUUACCACACCAGAUGGCAUCGCUGUUGACUGGGUCGGAAGGAACCUGUACUGGGCGGACUCGAGAGUCAAGAGGGUAGAGGUGGCCAUGCUGGACGGGCGCUACAGGAAGCACCUGGUCAAGACGGACAUUGACCAUCCCUCUGCUGUGGCUGUCAAUCCUCGACUGGGGAUGCUGUACUGGGCGGACCGCGGAACCGCGGCCAGGAUCGAGUACUCAUGGUUGGACGGGCAGCACCGGAAUGUCCUGGUGCCCGACGGCCUGGGUUUUCCCACAGGCCUGUCAAUCGACUACGCCAACGGUGACCGGGUGUACUGGUCCGAUGCCAAGGAGAGUCGCAUUGAGUCGGUGCUACCUUCCGGAGAAGACCGCCGCACUGCACUGUAUAUUGAUGUGCGGUACCCUUUCAGUGUGAGUGUGUUUGAGGACCACAUUUACUGGAGCACGCAGGAGAAAGGGGAAGUGUUCCGGCAGGACAAGUUUGGCCGUGGCACCAAGACCAAGCUGCUCACCGCUGGGCCCUGGCUCACCCAGAUCAGUGUGUACCAGCAGCAGAGAUACAACUCAAUAGGCAUGAAAACCCCUUGUAAAGGGACCUGUAGUCACUUGUGUCUGCUCAGACCUGGAGGCUACACCUGCGCCUGCCCUGAAGGAUCCAGCUUUGUCUCUGGCAGCAACACAGACUGUGAUGCAGGAUUUGACCCCCCACCCACCAUGCCCCCUCCAUGCCAGUGUAUAAAUGGCGGAACAUGCUACUUUGAUGACAACAAGGCCAUGUGCAUAUGUCCUUCAGAAUGGCAGGGAGACUUUUGCGAGAUAAACAUAUUUGGGGUGGUCGCAUCUUCAGUGGGUAUAGCCAUCGGGGUGACUGUACUGAUAGUACUUCUCCUUGGGGGUCUGGUCUAUGCUGCCCAAAGGAAGGCCAGUGUCACGGAGACAAUAAGCCACAUCAUGCCAAGUAUGCCUAGCUUCAGGGGUUCCCCAUAUCAAAGCUCUGACCCAUCAAAGGAGGAGGGGAGUGACCCGGGCCCAAGCAUCAAAGCGGAGCCCUGUACUGCUGUUUCUAUGGAGGAGGCAGGGGGGAAGAGUUUUGAGAACCCCGCCUAUGCAGCUGAGGGGGAUGAGAGACCUGCCCCUAACUGCAUUACUCCUGCCGUCCUUGUGCCCAAUGGGACAGCAAUGGAGAACAUUGAGAACCCGUUGUAUGCUGAGGUUCGUGUGAUAGCUGAGCCUGACCCUGAGCCCGACGCUAGCGCCACACCUGCUAAUACUUUAUCAGUCGAGGGGGCCUUUGAGAAUCCAGGUGAGGAACUGACUCCCGAGGAACCAGUCGCCGACGAGUCACUAAAGUUCGAACCCAUUCCUGAUGACAAUGCCGACGGCAGUUUCAUAAACCCAAUGUUCUCGGAUCCCACUUACCCAUCCACCCCAGCAGACUCCUUCAUUUGACCUCCACACCAGGCAAAUCAGUGGACAAAACAACAGGACUAAACACUGGACUGAACACUAGGACUAACACUGGACUAAACGGAACACUAGGACUAACACUGGACUAAACGGAACACUAGGACUAACACUGGACUAAACGGAACACUAGGACUAACACUGGACUAAACGGAACACUAGGACUAACACUGGACUAAACGGAACACUAGGACUAACACUGGACUAAACGGAACACUAGGACUAACACUGGACUAAACUGAACACUAGGACUAACACUGGACUAAUCAUACCUCCCCCACCUUUCCCUGGUUGGAAAAUGGGUUAUUAAAGCUAACCUACUGUCAUUUUUUCCUCAAUAUAUUUCAUGAUGCAAUGAUGUGCCAAAUAUGUGAUUUAGUGGAUUGUUAUCGGGUAAGCAUUAGAAUAAUGUCUCUGUAGGAGCUGAUCCCUCGUCAGUCUUGUGGAAUACGUAUAAUUUAAAGGUAAGAUUUGAAUGGAGAAAGCUGAUCCGAGAGCAGUACUGCCUUUCUUUUGAUCCUAUCAGUAUGGACACAUUCUCCAACGUAACACUGAGUGAACAUGUUACAUCUUCAGCCGUUGUGAGAACAAUGCAUCGUUAAAACACUCAUAAGUUCCAUUGCUAUCGGGAAACUGGGGCCCAGAGCAGUUAAAGGAAGUGAUGCGAUAGUGGGUGAACGGUAGAACGGAUGUUUCUAGAAGGAUGUGCCUUAGUUAUAAGUCUUUAUAACUAAGGCUAUAUUUUUAUGAUUACAAUCUGUGAUUAAUGAUAUUUGAUUGACUCUCGUCAUAAAGCGAAACAAACUGUUGAUGUAUAUGAUGUUGUAAAUUAUCUUGUUUGAUACUGUAUGAUUAAACCGUUUGUUGUUGA